UGAUAAGAGAUUCACUGAGAGAAUCACUUGAGCUGAAUUAAAUGUGAUUGUUGACUCGAAAUCAAAUUCUCAGUAAAAUAUAAUUUUUUGUUUCCACCAAAAUUUGUGAUUGAAUUAACUUCCCUUCUUUUCUGCUAUUCACCAUGAAGCAGAAAGAUAGCAUUUCUUCAAUUAUCUCACCCUUGGUUCGACCUGGACCAUCGGACAUAAGCUACAAAGACAUGAGAUUCUUGAUCAUGGAUAGGCCAACUGAUAAUACAUUAAACAAUUUCAUAGAGGAGCUCAAGAAAAGAAAUAUUCGAGAUGUUGUACGUGUCUGUGAACCAACUUAUAGGACUGAUUUAUUAGAAAAGGAAGGCAUCAAUGUACAUGAUUGGCAAUUUGAUGAUGGAUCACCACCGCCCCAACAUGUGGUUGAGCAAUGGUUUGACUUGUUAAGGACAAGGUUUCGAGAAGAUCCUAAUAACUGUAUUGCAGUUCACUGUGUUGCCGGUCUUGGAAGGGCUCCCGUUUUAGUGGCAUUAGCAUUGAUUGAAUUAGGAAUGCAGUAUGAAGAUGCUAUUGAUUUAAUUCGUCAAAAGAGAAGGGGAGCUAUUAAUGCUCGGCAAUUAUCUUACCUUGCUGAGUACCGUCCUAAGUCACGACUCAAGACAAAGUUACGACAGACUCAUAAGUGUCUAUUGCAUUGAAAUCAUUCUGUCAUCAACCAGUUAGCUUAUUAACUGCACCAGUGAAGAUAUUGACUCCUUUUGAUUUAUCCCGAAUAAAGAAGAGGAAAGGAUGGUCAGCAAUAAAUUGUGCUUGCCCGGAUACAGUUGACAAAG